AUGGACAUGCAGUCCCAGUCGGGUUCACAGCGCAGCUUCCAACGCCGGUCGCCGCCGGGGGAUCCUGGGCCGCCUCCGAAUGUACCGAUCAGGUCCAUCUCGCCCGGUGUCCAGGGUCGACCGUCUACCGGUUCCGGUCGACCUGGCCAAUCCAGCGGCUCUAGGAGGAUGACGAAAGAGACUUCACCAGGCAGCAGUUCAAAUGUCCCCCUCUCUCAGAUCGAAAAGAGCGUCACCCACCUCCUUGUCGCUACAAAGCAGCUCCUCGAGACCCUCACCCAGUGGUCGCGGGGCCAGGCCUCCGACGCCCAGGUGUCCGACGUCUACGUCCGCCUCGGCUACGAAUUCAACAUGGCUUGCCGUGCUUUCAGCGCCAUCAACGUCGACGUAUCCGACCUGGGCAACGUACCCGAUCUCCUACGUCACAUCCUCGAGGCCACCCUCAGCCAAGAGGCCAGCUCCGAGAACCUCGAAAGGUACCUGCCCCGCAUACGAGACAUCAUCAUCAACCUCCUCCACGGCCUCAAGCGUAAACAGCACAAGCUGCGCCAGAAGCAGCAGUGGCGCGACCGCGACGGAAACCCCAUCCCCGAGAGGGCAACGAGCGUCAGCACCGUCGACAGCGGCAACAGCGGUCUCUCUAACCUCCUCGAAGAAGGCAUAGAUGACGGCUACAGGCCCGACAUGUCGCGGACCGAGCCCCCUCCGCCCCAGGCCGCCCGGAAUCCCUCCCCUAGCCGACGAUAUAACUCACAGAGGGGGCAGGCCGCGCCCUCGGCUGAAAUGGGCGACCAGUUCCCGUCCUCGUUGCCGGGCAAUAACUCCAUCCAGAACGCGGCCUCGCUACCGCCCUACCCCACCGACGAGCGGGCCAUGCCCCCGGCAAAGGGCGAGUUCAAUGUCGACGCCUUCCCCCCGCCUCCGCCUCCGCCCCCGCCAGACAACCAGUCUAGCGCCCUGGCAGCCCUGCAGAAAGGGGGUGACCUGGAGCGCCGCGCAUCGCGCAGAUACUCCCAGUAUCAGCUCUCGAAGCACCUCGGGGGAGCUGCUAAUGGCGUUCCCAUGCUGCCCCAGAACGGACCGGUGCCGAACCGGGGCAAGAGGGAGAAUCGCGAAUCGCUGCGGGCAGUCCAGAAGCGCGAGUCCGUCCGCGCCAGUAGGCACCAGCGUAAUGGCGGGUAUGACGGGGGGCCGGCAAGGAAACCUUCGGUCGCCACCGCCUCGAUCUCCGACCAGGAUCCCAAGGCGCAGCAGCUGCCGUCGUACCCCGAGAGCCCCACGGCCAAGACGCCCGACGACGCGUACGCGCCGAGUGCUACCCUGGCAGGGCCUCCAGACGCCCCGUCCUUCCCUGGCGAUGUGCAGCCGGAGCCCGCGACGCCAUCAGUGACGGAGCGGCCGCCGGACGUGUCCAAGGCCGAGGACAAGUCGAUGCCGCCGCCGGCGCCCCGCGACCACAAGCCUAGCGAGUCCUACUUCCAGGUGUCGCCACCCCCCACGCCCACGCACGACCUGACGCUGUUCCUGCAGUACAAGUCCAAGGUGAAGAAGUUCGUGCUGCCCGAGGGGCGGGACGAGCUGUCUAUCGGCCGGCUGCAGCUGGCGUUUAUCGAGAAAUUCUCGUGGAGCACGCAGCAGAACGGCGCCGAUCUGCCCGAGAUCUACAUCCAGGACCCCGUGUCGGGGGUGCGGCAUGAGCUCGAGGACCUGUCGGACGUCAAGGACCGCACGGUGCUGGUGCUCAACGUCGAGCCCCUGGACGAGGUCAAGCGCCACAUUGAUGAUGGCAUGUCGGCCCUGACCAAGAUCGUGCGGGAGGUGAAGCAGAACGUCGACGACCAGAACGUCGCCCUGCAGCGCGUGUCAGACCGACAGCAGGAGGCUGCCAAGGAGCUGUCAAGCUUCCUGGCCAACCCGCCGACGGCGACGGUGACGGUGUCGUCGCCUCCGGCAGACGGCUCGAGGCCCGGGACGAUGCACGGGCGCAAGCUGCGUCAUGACCAGAAGAGCGAGCUCCAGAGCCUGCGGCGGGACCUGGCAGUCGUGCGACAGACGUACAGCAACUUCCAGGCGGAGGUGCAAGCCUCGAUGGCGAGCGUGCGGCAGAAGGCGGCCAAGGUGAAGGCGGUGGUGGCCAAGGCGGGCGCGCCGGACAUGGAGGGCGACGCGGGCUACUCAUACGUGUCCAGGGGCCGCAAACAGAUGAACUCUGACUCGGACCGUCUGGUGGGCAAGGUCGACGACCUGCAGGACCUGGUGGAAGACUUGCGCAAGGACGUGGUGCACCGGGGAGUGCGGCCGCUGCCGCGCCAGCUGGAGGGGGUGUCGGUGGAGAUUGCGGGGCUGACCAAGGAGCUGAAGCGCAUGGAGGGCUUCCUGGGCCACGAGAAGCCGCUGUGGACCAAGAUCUGGGAGAAGGAGCUGGAGGACGUGUGCCAGGGCCGCGACGAGCUGCGGCUGAUGGAGGAGCUCCUGGUCGACCUGCGGGACGACCUGGAGAAGGCGUCGGAGACGUUGGUGCUGGUGGAGCAGGCGACCAAGGAGCAGUCCAAGGACGACGGCACGGGGGCCAGCGCCGGUAACGCGCGGCAGUUUUCGCGCGGCCUCGAGAACCUGGGCAACAGCCUGGACCCGACGGCGGCCAAGGAGGGCGUGCUGGGCGAGGUGCGCGCGCUGCAGCCCAACCACGAGAACCGGCUCGAGGCCAUCGAGCGCGCCGAGAAGCUCCGGCAGAAGGAGCUCUCGGGCCGCAACGACAACCUCCUCCAGCAGGAGAUCAGAAACUUUGUCAGCGCCGGCAAGCUCAAGAAGUCUGGCGGGUUCGAGGAGGUUGAGAGGUCAAGACAGGCCAAGGACGACAGGAUACGCAGGGAGGUGUGGCAGCAGAUGAAUGGCGGUCUGGACGACGAUGAGGAGUACGAGGAGUACGAGGAGGACGAGGAGGGAGAAGAGUACGAGGAUGUGACCGAGGGUGGCGCAGAUGCGACGACGGGGAAUGAGAAGGAGGGAUCUAUCCAGGCCUCCGGAGAUCCCGCCAAGGAUGUCAAGGAUGCGUAA